CGUGGGAGACGCGAAAAUGUGAAGUUGUUUUGAACUUGCCUGGAAUUUGUGACACUGAGACACGGUUGUUUCUGUACAAGAUAAAUAACGGCUGUGUGGGUUUAUUUCGGUGGAAUUGGUCUUACCAUGAUGCCAGGAGACAGUCAGGCCAAAACGGUUGCAAUCGCCGCAGACGCGACGGUUGGAAACUGUCAAAACUGUUCUGUUUUGCACCAGAGCCUGACAGAAUAUGUGUCGUCAUUUCUGGCACUGAAACAGAAGAUAACGGUUUCGGAUGACACAAUCAGGCUUCAACAACAGCUGGAAGAGCUGCAGAUCCGGUUGGUUACUUUGGAGAAAAAGACUGCCGAUUAUGAAUCUGUGCAAGCAGAACUGGAGGAAAAGAGGGGUGCUCUUAAGGCCUAUGGGCAGCUGUCUGAAGAGAUGGAGAAACUGAAACAGGAAAACAACAAGACAAUAGCAGAGAAUAAGAAGCUUGAAGAGCAGCUGAAAAAUGUGAAAGAUGUGACAGAAACACAGUCACUUGAAAAUGCACAGCUGAAGAGGGAAAAGACUGAUGUGGAGAAUGAUCUGCUAAAAACACAGGCGUCUUUGAAGAAGUCCCAGGCACAAGCAGAUCAAGUUGAAAAGUUGUUGGAGGAGAAUGCCAACCUAACAAGCAUAAAAGACAACCUUGAAAAUAAAGUGAGAGUGCUUGAAGAAUCAGUUUGCAAACAGAAUUAUCAAAUAUCUCAACUGGCCAAAGAGAAGACCCUGCUAGAGAGAAAUAUUAAUGAUCUCCAGGUGCGACUGAUGAGACUGGAAAGAGAAAGGAGUAAAGAAUGUAGGAGCACAACAACUCAAACAAGUGCACCCGCAGAGCCUAAAGUUGACAAAGAAAAGGUGCGGAUGCUGCUAGAAAAUUUAUGGGCAUGUGUGGAACCAGAGCAGGAACAGUCGGCAAACCUGUUGCACAUUCCAGAGUCCAGUUGCAAGCAAGUUCUUCCUUCCUCUCCACAAAACAGACUGAAAUCUCAUAUUAGUAAAACGUCCCCAUCUGCUUCUCACAAGCUCAGUGGUUACCAUAGUGACCACAUACAGCCGAAACCCACUUACACACAGGUAAAACCAAUUCCUGCCAUCAGAAACCAAGAAUCUCCUCAGUGCUCAAGUGACAAGAAGCAAAAAGCCAGUUUGAAAAAGGGCAAGCAGUCGUCCAAAGAACACAUAACAGAUGAUUCAUCUUCUGACAUGAGCAGCCCUGAAAUAUCUAUUGAAGAGAUAAUGGAAUUCUUUAAACCCCCGCUUCCCUGCAUAUCACCACUACCAGAUUCGGACACCGACAUGGAGAUGGAAUCUUUUGAGGUGGGUGAUGGAAAAACGGAAAAUCAUCCUAAACUCUCUGAGGAUUCUCCUGUUAAACAAGAGGAGUCCGUACACAUCAUGUCAGUGUUGAGCCAAGACAGUCCAAAAUCUUCUGUUCUUGAGACGGAGAAGAAUUUGGACUUGCCAGUGGUCAUAACACAGGAAAGGGGACUUGGGUCUAAAGAAAUAGACUCCAAUGGAUUAAGUGACAGUGCUAAAAUUCAGGACAAAUCCAAUGCGGAUAAUGCAAAAAUAGAUCAUCAAGAAGAUCAGCUAACUCAGCCGCAGUCAGCAUUUAUGCAUUUAGCAUCUGCAUCAGCAUCAUUGUCUUCAUGUUCUUCUCCAUCAGUUAUAGCAGUUUCGGUUGAAAUUGCUUCAUUAACUACUGAAAGUCCGGAAAAGGUAAACAAAGAUCAGGAGACUACAAUAAUGAUGGAUGUUGACACAAACCCCAGUGAUGUUCCUGAUGCCAAAACAGUCGCUCCUAAUGGUGCAGAGUCACCCAGAGGAGAGGAUGCUACUGUCACAUUAGAAGAAGGAGGAGAUAUGCAGCCUGUUCCUUCCUCAACAUUUGUUGAACCUGUGAAAGAAGCUACGUUUGCAAAUCCUGAAAACAGCUCAGAAGCUGAAAACAGUACUCAGGUUUCAUGUUGUUUAGGACAAGGCAGUCAGGAUGCAAUUGCAUUUAAACUCCAGGAGAACACAGAGUCUCCCUGCAAGGACUCAGAAAUGCAAGAAAGUACCCAAAGUAGCAGUGACAACAACACUAGUGUUUCCAAUAAAACCCAUAAAGAGAGGCUUGAAAUUGAUGCGCCCAUUGAGCUUCUUAAGAAGGAAGAUGGGAACGCAGCACAAGUUAAAGGAGGAAUUGAUGAAGCGACUUCACCACUGAAGACAAAUGGUGACAGUAAACCUCUGCCUCCUGAGAAGUCUCCAGUGUUAAAGAACCAACAUGACGAGUUACAAGACGACCAGAAUUAUGGUCAGCCAUGUGUUGACAUAGAGACAAUAAACAGCGAAAUACUGGAUGAUAGCAGGCAUUCCCUUUCAGACUCUGAAGUAACAAAUACUGUCAACUGUCAGGCUUUUGAAGAAAACGUACAUUCUCUUUGCAGGCAGUUGAGUCCUGCAUGUCUGCUACCUACUGUAAAACUGCGGUCUAUGGAAAGUUCCCGAAACCCAGGAAAACUGAGUCCUAAUGUAAACACAGAACAGAUUUCAACGAACAAAAAAGCUCCUGUUUCCAAUUUAUUGGAAGAAGAAAAGGCUGUCGUCAGCGACUUCCCUCAAGACAGAAUAGACACAGGUAACACUACCUCAUUCAUUCAGAAUGCUGCUGCCACAAAAGAUACUGUGCCUUGUACAGAAGUGUCUGAAGAACUAAGUCCAGAUAUGAUCAGAGAGGCAAAAUCUAGAUCCGCACCUAGUUCAGCUGCAAGUCAAAACCCAGAGUGUUUAGGCCAUGUUCUCUCUGAAAUGGGUCCUCCCCUUCCUCCUGUCCUCACCCCUCUGAACACACCUCCAAAGACAGGAAAAUCGAUCAGCCCAAGGCAGGCUAUUGGGAAAAUCUUGUUUCCCUCACCCAUGGACAGACUGGCUUCCCCUGCCACUCCUGUUGAGUCCCACAGCAGUCAGAAGUUGAGUUCAUUAUCCCUCAACAGCCCAGUUCCUCCAAAUGGAGUCCCAUCAUCUCCACUUCAGUUCGGCUCUGCUACUCCAAAACAUGCUGUCCCAGUCCCCGGUCGUCUGCCUGUGACAGCAAUGAAUUCUUCACCGUCAUCAUCUACCAGUCCAUCUCAGGAGAACUCCAUGAGGAUUCUUGACACCAUGUACCCAGAACUCUCUGCCCGUGCCCGGACUCUGAGCAUUCUCAGAGGCAACGUCAGUCUCAGCAUUUGUUCAUCAGAGACUGGAGCAUUACCCACAACGACAGACAGUCAGAAGUCAAGCUUUAAAACUAUCAACUCCACCUCAACAGCCUUCACAAAGACCGAUACAAGGGGAGAAAAAAGACCAGCUGCAGGUUUGUCGCAGCCAAAGAGCAGCAAAUGUCUCAGGCUUGAUAGCAGCUCUCCCGCUGUUACUCGCAAGCAGGUUUUAUCCUUUUCCUCAAGCAGUGGAGACGAGACCACUCCACUGCAGACUGUGAGGCUUGAAAAUACGACACCAUCUCCAUCCAUGAGAGCUGAAGAACCUGCAGAGCAAAAUCUCAUCGUUAACGCUUUAAAGAAAAUUGAAAAACAAUGCUUUGAUCUGCUGCCGGUGGUCCAGAGCCACCUGUAUGUCGGAAACAUGCCCAAAAAGCCUGUCCUGAGAGAUGAGGAGAAGGAGGUCAUCUCUGAGAUUUGCCACAGCAGCUUGUACAAUGCAGAUGACAUGAUUUCAGCCAUCCAGCACAAACUGAAAGUUGAAAGAAAGGAGCUGAGCAGAAACUACAUGCAGGCCCUCUGCAGAGUCUACACAGGGAUCUGCAGACAGAAGAGGGACCGGGACAAGGUUCACAUUCUGGCCUACAGCAUUCUCACAGAAGAUUUUCCAGAUGCUGCUAAACUAGUUUUGUUCAUGGUGACAACAUGGCCGACAGUUCUGUCACACAGCAGCUCUCUGUGUCGGGCCAUUCACACCGUCACCAAACUGAAAGCAGAGGAAGGGAUUCUCAGCUGCCUUUCCAUGUUCCUGGACUGGGAAAAGAGUCCUCCCCAUGACAUUGACCAGCUGAUCUCCAGAACUCUGUCUGAGAUCCGCUCAGGGUCAAAUCUCUCCUUCACAAAACACAGUCGGUAUGGCGACGACUUGGGAGGUGCAUCCUGGGAACACGUCUUCACGCUGCAAUUACUUUGUUCACACAAGAAGUGGAAAUGGACCUAUGAAAAUGUGAUGGGCAAGGAGUUGUGGCCUUUAAUGAAUUCUUGGGUAGCACAGCCAAGAAGUCAACAAGAACCCAUCUCUGAUGUGACAGUCGCCACUGUGCUCCGACUCAUCGGACGCCUCGGUCAAGUGGGGUUUAAAGAGAGAUGUGUCUCCUCUGUGUUGACUGUUGCCAACGUCAUCAACACGUUUGGUCAACAGGGACACACUGAAGGUCUGCCAUGGGAGGUCCAGUUAGCAGCCAUCUACUGCAUCCACGAUCUCUCUCCCUGCGACCCCAAGCAAGCCCUGGCUGCCCUGGCAGCUUGGAGAGGAGACAUGUCUCACAGCGUCCCUCCUGCUGUCACCAGCUGCAUUAACCAGUUAGCCUCCGUCUGCAGGCAGGUCAAAGCUGAAAAUGUGCAAACUGACACAAAACAGGUACAUACACCAUCAGGUACCUAUUUUAAAUGAAAUACAAGUACCUUAAUGUUGAUUUUAACUUGCAGACUUACAGCCUAUGAUCAAGUAGUUCAACAUUUAAGCUCUUAAACAAACGCAAAUAAGCUCCUGCUUAGUAUUAUGGGGUGUUUGGAGGUUCAUUUUAACUGAAUUAACUGAAUUAUUGAAGUCUACAUCAGGGUUAAUAAAUGUCUGAUUUUUGUCUUCUUAUGUGCACUUCUGAAUCUGAAAUGUUCUCCAAUUUUGCAGCAAACAAUACCUCAAUUUUUAAUGAAGAAAAAUAAAAUUUGGUUUCUUAGUAUUUGAGUCCACAGCACCCUGUAAUAAACUAAACCUGUUGCCUCUCUGCUGGGCUCAUGAAAUGCUGUAAAUACUGUAAAAUGUGUACAUGUGCUGCUGUAAAUAUGUGGUAUCAAUGUUUGCAUUCAUGAAAAAUAAGCUGCCAAAUGUUUGGUUGUAAAUGUUUUGUACAGUUCAAAACUUAAGAGGUUCUAGUUUUUUUUCUAAUUAAAAUAUCCACAUGUUGAGUGAAAUCA